GAUAAAACAAAUCGGGCUAGACUAAGAAAGUCCACUGAUCAGCCCAAAUUGCUUCAAUCCUCCAAUGUAAAUUGAACAAAAAGCCCAAACAAAAGAAUUUGGAGGGAAAUUUUUUCAGAAAAACAAUGAACAGAAGACGCCACCAAAUCAUCUGUUCCUCCGACGAAGAAGACGGCGACGACGAGCCUCAGCAAUUCGCCGGCGGCAAUGAAGAAAAUGAAAAUCCUAACAACAUAGAAAUUGAAAUUCUAGAAUCGUCUACUAACUUCCAAUCAGUAACCCUAAAUUCUCCCAUCCAGAACCCUACACCUAAUCGUGAGCCAAACGUCGACGUUUCUGAAGUUGUACGAGCUGCGGAUUGUGGCAUUGGUCGGGCAUUGGAAGGAUUAGGGCUAAGAUUGCGGAGGGAAUGGUUAGAAUCAUGUGUUGGAGGACUUGAAGGAUCAGUAGUAGGAGAGUUUUCUGGAUUGGAUGAUACGACGAAGGCGAAACUUUGUUUCGAGCAGUUUUUGUACUCGGAUAUGAAUUUUUGUGGUGCAGGAAUGCUUCCAAAGGACGUUCACAAGCUGCAUUUGGUUGAUCUUAAAGGGCCCUUUGUUCUUCAGGUAGAUGAGAUUGUGAAUAUCAGUUGUCCUCUUCGAGAUAGGUAUCAGAAAGUAGCUGCUGGAAUAAAGAGGUGUCUGAAAUUGUCCAUGACUGAUGGUAUUCAACGAGUGUUUGGGAUGGAGUACAGGCCUAUAAAAGACCUCGAUGUUCUGUCUCCUUCUGGACUGAAGGUUGCUAUCUGUCAUGUUCAUGUUAGGCAUGGAAUUCUGAUGUUGGUCCCUGAAGUUAUUGAAGUUCUGGGUGGGAUGGUGGAAGAGUUAGAAGAAGCAAGGAAGCGGCUAGUUAAUGAAAUAAAUAAGCCACCGAGGGGGAAAAGAACAAGGUCUGGCGUGGUUCCUCCUUUGGCAACUAGAGCUACCGCUGCUGCAUGGCCACGAGAAGGUGUUACUGUUCCAGAGCACUCUGAUACUUCCUCAAGACAAAAUAUGCAUUUUCAGGUUCAUGAACGAGGAACAUCUGGCAGUGCUACUACUGCAACUGAAGAAAUUCAUCCCGUUACAUCUGGGCUACCAUAUUCUACGUCAUUCACCACUCCUGUUUAUAGAAGAGAGGCUCAAUCUAAUUUCCCAUCUACUCCAGCUGUUUCUGUCCCAUUCAAUAGGAACACUGGACCUACCUUUUCAUCUGAUGCAGCUAGUCAUGCAGAGGAUAUCCAUAUGGCUGACAUGACCACCGAAGGCAUUGAUGUUCCAAUUAGAAGGGAACAUAAUGACCCUGUCCUUUCAUCUUCUUCUUCCAUGGAAGUGGAGGAACUUUUGUCAGAUAUUAGAAGUGACCCUGCCACACCUGCCAGUAGCAGGAGCAGAGGAAGCAUUCGUGUCUCUAGUGAUAGUUUCCAUUAUGAAGAUGUAACACCAGAUACAUUGUCUACUGCAGCAAUUGACGUUGAUGAAAUUGAUUUGGUUGAUGAAUUGGACCAUCCAUAUAUACUUUCUGGAGCAAAGGAAAACCCUUUCACUUACUUAGCUAGUCUGUCAGCUAAGCAGGCUGGUAUGCAUGGCAGUGCUUCCACUGUUACAGGAAAAAUUAAGUGCUUUCUUACUGGUGUGAAGGGAUUUCAGUAUAAACAGAGUAGUAAAUACGAGCUUCGGGUUUAUGUUGAUGAUGGCAGCCUAAUCUCUGAGAUCCUUAUAGAUCAUGCUCUUGUGCAGGAAAAAAUAGGCUUUUCUCCUGCAGAGGUAAAUGCUGCUCUUAGUUCUUCAGAUAGAAAACGAGUCAGUGACACGAAGGAGACACUGAAAUGUUUCCAGAAAUUCUUGAUUAAUUUUGAGGGAACAAUGCUUGUUCAUUUGAAUGAAGAAUCUCCAAUUCCAGUUGCUACUGAAAUGAACCAGGGGUGCUCUGCCUCUGAUGCAUGGUUGCUUCUCAAAAGACUAAAGCCUUCUACUUCUCCGCGACAACAUCAUCUUCAUCACUCAGAAACCAUAAAUUUAUCCCCUUGAUGUGUCGUUGGUUCAUGGGGAAUUUGAUAACCACGAGAGCAAGGUGAAUUAGAGUGACAUUGCUCAAUUUAGGAAGUUGUUGCAUGAGAUGACGCCCAGAAGCAAUGGCGUAAAUGCAGAAAUAGUUCACCUGUGAUUCAAACAAUGAAAUGACUUGUCAAAUUGCGGAGCCAGGGUGUUUAAAAGAGUCCUGUUAGUUCACUAAGAGCUGGUAGUAAAUAAGACUCCUAUCUGAUAGGUUUGUCCUGGUCUUUAGGAAGUUGUUUUUAUACGUCUAGUUUUUAGGAGAAAGCUUUGUAUGCUAAUUCCUAAUUUUUUUAGUCGAAGUCUGUGUUUUAUUUUGCCAUAAAAAAGGCUGCAGUAGCAGCAUUGAAAAAUAUCAGUCAAGCAAAUUUCUUUCCACGUUUA